AUGGCCCGUCAUGACGAGGUCAGCAGCAGCACAAAGCCAUGCAUGAAAUCAAGUUACGCGAAAUCAUUUGAAAGGGACGGACCUUCUGAUUCCUCUACGCAAACAGCUUCAAAGAAAAUGAAUCUUUAUAACGAAACAAUAUCUCAAGACAACCGCGGCAACAUAACGAGACCAAGUGAUGUAACGGGAUUUGAAAGUGAUCCACUGGGGAGCUCAAAACGUUACCAUAAGGCAGAGAACCACAAAGGAGAUAUAAUGCUGCGCAACAGAUCAGGAAACGCAUACGGCAGCAUAUUAAUCCCCGCCAACAGGAAACUCUUUAAUAAGAACGACUCCCCCGAAGCUGAAAAUGUCACUACUUACGACAAGUUGCGAAAAGAAGUUCCGCCUCUUAAACAAGAACUCGAUUCGCAACGAUUCUUAACGUACCCAGAGGCCCUAGACGAAAGCAAUUCGCUUUCGUCCCAGGCGGCAAGAGACAAAAUGGCUACACCGUUAAAGAUUCCCAGCGACGGAGUCAAGUUUAUGAGAUUCGGCUUACCAAUUCCGAAGACAAAAAUAGUGAAACCGCGCUCGAAAAUUUAUGAGGAGAAACCAGAAUUGGAGAAAUCGGGCAUCUUACAUCUGACCAAAUCCCACACUGCUUCGGGCAUGGAAAAGAAUGAACCGUUAAGGAAGGGUCAAACUUGGCCGUGGCAAAUGUCUGUACAAGAGCAGCGGCGGUCUGGGUGGCACCAUAUCUGUCACGGUGCUAUUAUUCACCCGAAAGUGAUACUAACCACGGCUGAGUGCAUCUACUGGAAGAAACUGGCUACUCUGCGGGUCGUCAAACACAAAGUAAUUGACAAUGUGACCCCGAUGGGCGACGGUUCGUAUGUCAGGGCACGAAUCCUCCACCCGAAUUUUAGUCCCAACCUGAAGCGAUAUCGACUGAACCCUAACGAUCUGUCAUUGUUGUUUCUCCAGAAGGAGAUGGGGGUGUCUCCUGUUACAUGGAAUGUGCCCGUUCACGUGACUGCAACACACUGCAUGACGAGUAGAAAUGGCAGGUCAGUCGGAAUCGUUCCUACACGGUAUUGUCUUUAUCAUAACAACGGGAACUAUCUUGUCCCCGAGUCUCAUAUGUGUGCUUAUGGCCCGUCGUGUGACGAGCGAAGCAAUCGGGGUUCACCUCUCGUCUGUCAACAACCGGACGGCACUCCGUUUCUGAUCGGCCUUUCAACGUGGCACUCUCUGCUUACAUUUAUCUAUCGGACUGUACAUAUCUAUCUAUCUAUCUAUCUAUCUAUCUAUGGAAGAAAUCAUGUCUAUCUAUCUAUCGAUCUAUCUAUGGAAGAAAUCAUAUCUAUCUAUCUAUCUAUGGAAGAAAUCAUGUCUAUCUAUCUAUCGAUCUAUCUAUGGAAGAAAUCAUAUCUAUCUAUCUAUCUAUCUAUGGAAGAAAUCAUGUCUAUCUAUCUAUCUAUCUGUUUCUCUGUUCAUGCCUUUUUGUCUGUGCCGUUCCUAUCUAUGUAUCUCAAUUUGUUUAUAUCUUAUUAUAUAUAG